AGCUGAUUCAGUAUCGAUCGCGUUUUGUUGCAAUUGAGGUUGUUUUUGUUUUUGAUCCAACAAAAUACUCAAAGAUGGGUAGUUUAGUAGAGUUCCAAAAACUCCCGUAUCAUCCGGCAGAUCCUUUACCCCAAAAAACUUUCCUCCAGAAGGUGCUAGUGGGGCUUAAAGUGGUCCUAAAACUUCUAGUGUACAUUGCAAAAGUGAUUCCACUUUCGAUUUAUUUGUGGCUAAAAAGUUUUCGCUGCCGCAGACCGAAAGAUAUCCGCGACUGGGUAGCUCUGGUGACUGGAGGCGCCAACGGCUUGGGGCGGCAAAUUGCCCUGGAACUGGCCAAGGUCGGCUGCCAUGUGGUUGUGGCCGAUUUGGAUGCGGAGGCUUCAAUGAAGACCGUUCUGGAACUGCGCUACUACGGAGUGAAAGCUGUUGCGUAUCAGGUAGAUGUCGCUUGUCCUGAUCAGAUUCGUGACCUACAGCGCAAGAUUGAAGCGGAUAUUGGUCCAGUGGACAUUUUAGUGAACAAUGCCGGAAUCCUUCCGUUUAUGGUUUCCGACGAUUACACUCCGGAAAAUUUGCAACGUUAUAUGAAUUGCAACGUCUUAUCCAAUUUUUACACCGUCAACGCCUUCCUGCCGGGAAUGUAUCAACGCCAGCGGGGACACAUCGUGGCGAUCUCAUCGCUAGCAGCCUAUUUUCCGGGAGGGUUGUACCGCAACUAUGCUACUACUAAGUAUGCGAUACGGGGAUUUAUGGAGGAGCUGCACGACGAAAUAUACCUGGCAGGGCACAAUAAGUUUGUCAAAACUACGACAGCAUUCCCGAUAAUUAUGAAUACCCGCAAAGAAUUGAUCGAUACAAUAAGGAAACUACCGUACAUCUCAAAAACGCCUAUAGUGGAACCGCAAGUGGCAGCUGAAUCUAUCGUUCGAAAUUUGCGCAUCAACCGCCGAAAGGCACUGGCCCCAGACUGGGUAUCGAUCGGUUGGUUUGCCUUUCUUGACGACAUUCACCGGAAGAUCAAGUAUCUGUUCCUAGAUACGGUGCUGACUUAAGCGAAACAAACAAAUUGUAUCAGUAGGCGCCGGGGCGUCGAUACGCAUCACUGAACUCCUGUUUUCUGGCCUACUGAGCAUCAGCGCUAACGCGGGUAGUGAUUAAUUCCAAACACAGUUCAAUCGUAAAUUAUAAUACAAAAUAAGGCUUUAAUCGGUGUAAUGAUAAUUUCAUGUGCACAUUUAAAACGUUAAUAAACAAACAAUCACUCUGAGUAUGUUAUCAAGUCGAACCAACAAUCUAACUAUCUAUGACAAGGCCGUUAUCCCGUUAGAAGUUGGGCCAGGCACCGCCGAUCAAAUUCUUGCCCCGGUAGCGGAAGGUGAACGUCUUGAUGGUGAACUUCUUGCCAUUGUAAGCCAACGGACACUCGGUAUCGGCCCUCAACUGGAAGCAAACCGUGUACAGGGCAAACUCCAGCUCCGGAGAAGUAGCGAUGAACAGCGAAUUCGAUGGUUUCGAUAGCUUGUUGAAAGUCAGCCGAACUUUG